CCGCGAGUGCACGCGCAGCAGGGAUGUUGCCUUCAACGACUUUAAUUCCAUCUUGCUCCUUAUCUCAGUUACACAACCUGCGUUUCAAACUCCAGUAGACCGAAAACAGAAGUGACUCGAGGAGGCCCUUAGCGCCUCAUGACCUUCAAGGACAGUGGGGAUGUGGGGGCGCGCGCCGGGGCCACUCGCCUCUCCUGAGGCCUCGGGCCGAUGCUUACCAGGGCCGCAGGAGCUGCCCAGCCCCUGACAACCGCCAGAGGAGCCUGUUGCUAGGGGCGUUGCGAAGGAGGGGCCACGAGGAGGGGCUCCCUUCCGGGAGGAGGGCGAUUGAUAACCCGGAAGCGGUCGGCAGUGCGGCGCUGUUUAAAGAUGGCGGCGGAGGAGCCUCAGCAGCAGAAGCAGGAGCCGCUGGGCAGCGACUCCGAAGGUGUUAACUGUCUGGCCUAUGAUGAAGCUAUUAUGGCUCAGCAAGACCGAAUUCAGCAAGAGAUUGCUGUGCAGAAUCCUCUGGUGUCAGAGCGGCUGGAACUCUCCGUCCUAUACAAGGAGUAUGCUGAGGAUGACAACAUCUAUCAACAGAAGAUCAAGGACCUCCACAAAAAGUACUCAUACAUCCGGAAGACCAGGCCCGACGGCAACUGCUUCUACCGAGCCUUUGGCUUCUCCCACUUGGAGGCGCUGUUGGACGACAGCAAGGAGCUGCAGCGGUUCAAGGCUGUGUCUGCCAAGAGUAAAGAGGACCUGGUGUCCCAGGGCUUCACUGAAUUCACAAUCGAGGACUUCCAUAACACGUUCAUGGACCUUAUUGAGCAGGUGGAGAAGCAGACCUCAGUAGCCGACCUGCUGGCCUCCUUCAAUGACCAGAGCACCUCAGACUACCUUGUGGUCUACCUGCGGCUGCUCACCUCAGGCUACCUGCAGCGCGAGAGCAAGUUCUUCGAGCACUUCAUAGAGGGUGGCCGGACUGUUAAGGAGUUCUGCCAGCAGGAGGUGGAACCCAUGUGCAAGGAGAGCGACCAUAUCCACAUCAUCGCCCUGGCCCAGGCCCUCAGCGUGUCCAUCCAAGUAGAGUACAUGGACCGUGGUGAGGGCGGCACCACCAACCCACACGUCUUCCCUGAGGGCUCCGAGCCCAAGGUCUACCUUCUCUACCGGCCUGGACACUACGAUAUCCUCUACAAAUAGGGCUGGCUGGCCUGCUGCGCCCUGCCUGCCUCCCCUGCCAGGCGCUCGCUAGACAUGUACAGAGGGGGUUGGGUUUGGGUUUGG